AUGGGGGAUUCACAACAAGGAAAUAACAAAGGAAAGGGCAAAGAGAAAGAGAACUAUGAAUCUUGGACCAUGGACGAUACCAAUGAGUUGUUGCAUCUCUUGGUGGAUGCUAUCAAUAGUGGAUUGCGAGAUGCUAAUGGGUCACUUAGCAAGCAAAAUGUAGAAAGAGUGAUACUUCCUCGUCUUAAUGCGAAAAUUAGGUUCCCUAAAACUUAUAAUCAUUAUUUGAGUCGAAUGAAGUGGUUUAAGAAGCAAUAUAACAAGAUGUCGAUGCUUAUGCGUAACAACUCUGGCUUUGGGUGGGACCCAAUUGCAAAGACGUUCACUGCUAGUGAGGAAGUAUGGAAAGAUUACUUGAAGUCCCACCCAAGUCAAAGCGCUGAUGAUACCGAUGCAACAACUUAUGGGGAAGAAAAUAGAGAUUUUGGGAUGGAAGACUUUUCAUAUGAUCCUAACAAUGAUGCGUUCAUAGCACCAAAUCACUAUGAACCAUCCUACCAGCCUCCAUCACCCCGCCAAUGCAGUCCACCAUCUCAUUCCCUUUAG